CGCAUACCAUAUCGUAGGUAUGACGGAGAAUAGUUCGUGGACGUUUCCGUCAUUCCUUGUACAUUGUAAACUGAGCCGCUCACACUGUCCGAAUUGGAUGAUACCCAAUCGUUCAAAUUGGAUGACGUCACUGCUGAGUUUUGCGACAGAACAUUCGACCUGAAACAAGAAAAGAAAAGUAGUAGUGCUCACGCCGUUGGUGAAAAACAGCAACUCACCAUUCCCUAUAGAGAGAAAUGGGAGAUAAGCUCGAUCCCGCGGUGAUUGCCUCAACUGACCAAUGCAACGGUUUAUCGGAUGACACGAUGGUUUUACGUGCUUUACCUUGAAAGUAGGUAAACUGGUAUAUCUCAAUAUAAAGAUUGACAAUUUGUUUGUCGACCUUAAGCUGUUUCACGAACGUUCCAGUAAUGGCUACAACAGAUAUUGACCACGUCAUGCAUUCGCUUCGCUUGUAUAGUGAAUGUUAGAUUACAUCACGUAAAGUUUGGAAACUCGAUCGACUGAAGUGUGUCGCAAGAUAUAAAACAAAGUUCAAAAUCUUAUCACGGCCACCAGUCGUGAGAAUUACGAGAUGUGUGCCGUGUAUUUUUUAUUUGAACAACAAGCUACGCUUUAAAAAAUCUCCUUUUUUGUUCAUAGUCGUAUUUAUGUCAAUAGCAUAUAAACUUCAAUGAGCCAAAGUAACAUGAGAUAACAGAGGAAAACCAACCAUUUUACUUCAAAUCUAACCGUUUUAAAAAUUAAAUCUUGUUUAAUAUUAACAGGCAACAGUUCAAAUUUGACUGGAGUUCAUGGAUAAAAUGCAUAUCAAACGGAUGUGAGGAUUUCAUCAAAAAAUUUUAGCAGGAUGCUCGUAUCGAUUCCCGCAUGAAAUCUACAUUUUCUGGCAGCAGGCAACUCAUAGAUUGGGAUUGCUAGUUACAGCUUUACUUCUGAGUAUAAUGCUAGUGCCUGUUUUGUGGAAUAUUAGACUUGCUUGAAAAUUGAAGGUCCAAUUUAGCAAAAUGCCAAUAACGAACAAGACCUAUCCUUUCAAACUAAUUGCCAUUAUUUCCUUCGGAUUCUUAGGUUUUUCCCACGGUUCAUUUCUUAGUGAUGACGAAUUCAUGAGUCAACUUAAUUGCACAGCUGGUUUGUCCGUCUGCUCCGAUUUGAGUCAGUGUAUUCCUUCGACGUAUCUGUGCGACGGCCGAAUGGAUUGUGAGGACGGAUCGGACGAGAAGUGGACGCUGUGUUACUAUCGAAAGUUUAAUUGUGCUGACAAUACAACUUCAAUUCGCGCAUCGUUACGUUGCGACGGUAGGAAAAAUUGUCUAGACGGUUCAGAUGAAGAAGGAUGCCGCAGAAGAACCAAAAACCAGUUGACAAACAUAUUCAUUUCAAAAGCCCCGAUAUUGCCUUCAAGAUUGACAACUACAUCAGAGCCUGUGCCAACAUUAUCAAGUAUAUUUUCUAUGGAUGAAGAUGAAAUUGCUCAAUCAACAACAGGAUCAGUUAACAAUUCAAUUGCUAUUGAGAUAGAAGAAGAAAAAGAUCAUUCUCUCGCUGUCGAUAGCUUACUUAUGGACGAGGAAGAAGAAGUCACUCUUGGAUUUUUAAACCUUUUUUGUUUUUGGCUUGCGGUGGCCAUCGGAGGACUCGCAGGAUUAGCAUUCACUACUGCCGUACUUAUGCAAGGCUCAAACUACAUUAAGAAAAGGCGAUGCAGAUCAGUAAAUUUAGGACCUGGGUCAAUGCCAAAUCAAAGUCAAGAUUUAACAGAAUUUCAUCCGGCCUUUUUGGUGGUCCCCAUGUCUGGUCUUCUCAGCAGCACCCUACAGAAUCCACAAAAAAUUACCUCUUGAUCGACCCAAACUAAUUAUGAUUGCUCCAAUAACGCCUAACUGUUUCGAUAAUACGUACGUAUAGGCCUACUGUGUACAUACCAAUCGCACUCAUCAGAAUUAAUUAGACGAAAAGUAUUAACGUGUAAAUAAUGUAGUUCGGUCGGGAAUCGGUUCAUUACUAAGAAUGAUUAGAAUUGCAUUCACCUCUUUUGAAUUCAAUUACUUGACAUUGCUGAGACUAAAGCAACAAAUUUUAAUUAAACAGUAAAAAUUUACUGGCAUGGAGGAAUUCAUUAAACAACCUAACUACUUUACAAAUAUAUCAAAAUGUCUAAUCAUAUAAUUCUAAGAGAAUUCUUGAAAAUACUUCAUUUUGAACUCUAAUCAACAGACUAGCAGAGUCUACUAGAGACCCCUAGUAGGUCUAUAGGGCGAAACAUUCGUACGAGCUCCUGUCACAAGGUGACGUCUGAAUCCCUGCCGAGACCAACCGUGAGAUGAAAGCCGGCACAUAAGGAAAAAGGCGUGGCUGACCGACUCUCACCUUUGUUUCCCAAUACAAGAAGGGGAAAAAUAAGAUUCCAGCUAGAGAUAGCUUUUCCAGCUAGAGUCAUCGACCGGGCAAAAGGGCUCUUUCCGUUUUUGGGCACGUCAUUCAUGGAUUGAAGGCAACCAAAACAAGAAAUGGCAUGUUCUUUCCCGUUGACGACAAUAACAAAGAGGAAGGUUGCAGUUUUCUUAUUAUGGCGGAACAAUCUUAUAGCAAAAAAAAAAAAAUACAAAAUGAGUAAAAUAAUCUUAUCUCAAGGAUGAUAAUUAUCAUGUUUCCAUGAACGUAAACGUAAAUAUGAGCAAAAUUUAAUAUGUUGACGACUAUGAGAUGAAUACAAAUAAAAACCAUACAAUUCUCAUUCCAAAAUAGUAUUAAACAACUGAUUCAUGUCAUAUUACACCAUUUGCAAUUGAAAA